AUGGCUGCGAGUCCGUCUGUAGUCCCGGUGGCUGUGACUGCUGCGGUGGUGCCGGUCUUGUCAUCGAGCAGCGAUUUCUCAAAUUUGCGAGAAAUUAAGAAGCAGCUGCUACUCAUCGCAGGCCUUACGCGGGAGCGGGGCCUACUGCAUAGUAGCAAGUGGUCCGCGGAGUUGGCCUUUUCCCUCCCCGCCUUGCCUCUGGCGGAGCUGCAGCCACCGCCGCCUAUUACAGAGGAGGAUGCCCAGGAUAUGGAUGCUUACACCCUGGCCAAAGCCUACUUUGAUGUUAAAGAAUAUGAUCGAGCAGCACAUUUCCUGCAUGGCUGCAAUAGCAAGAAAGCCUAUUUCCUAUACAUGUAUUCCAGAUAUCUGUCUGGAGAAAAGAAGAAGGAUGAUGAAACAGUUGAUAGCCUAGGUCCCCUGGAGAAAGGACAAGUAAAAAAUGAGGCACUUAGAGAACUGAGAGUGGAGCUCAGCAAAAAACACCAGGCUCGGGAACUGGAUGGAUUUGGCCUUUAUCUAUAUGGUGUGGUGCUUCGAAAACUGGACCUGGUGAAAGAGGCCAUUGAUGUGUUUGUGGAGGCUACUCAUGUUUUGCCUUUGCAUUGGGGAGCCUGGCUAGAACUCUGUAACUUGAUUACAGACAAAGAGAUGCUGAAGUUCCUGUCUUUGCCAGACACCUGGAUGAAAGAGUUUUUUCUGGCUCAUAUAUACACAGAGUUGCAGUUGAUAGAGGAGGCUCUGCAAAAGUAUCAGAAUCUCAUUGAUGUGGGCUUCUCUAAGAGCUCAUAUAUUGUUUCCCAAAUUGCAGUUGCCUAUCACAAUAUCAGAGAUAUUGACAAAGCCCUUUCUAUUUUUAAUGAGCUGAGGAAACAAGAUCCUUACAGGAUUGAAAAUAUGGACACAUUCUCCAACCUUCUUUAUGUCAGGAGCAUGAAAUCUGAGUUGAGUUAUCUGGCUCACAACCUCUGUGAGAUAGAUAAGUAUCGUGUAGAGACAUGUUGUGUAAUUGGGAAUUAUUAUAGUUUGCGUUCUCAACAUGAGAAAGCAGCCUUAUAUUUCCAGAGAGCCCUGAAAUUGAAUCCUCGGUAUCUUGGGGCCUGGACACUGAUGGGACAUGAAUACAUGGAAAUGAAGAACACAUCUGCUGCUAUUCAGGCUUAUCGACACGCCAUUGAGGUCAAUAAACGAGACUACAGAGCCUGGUAUGGGCUUGGACAGACCUAUGAAAUCCUUAAGAUGCCAUUUUAUUGCCUUUAUUAUUAUAGACGGGCGCAUCAGCUUCGGCCCAAUGAUUCUCGUAUGCUGGUUGCUUUAGGAGAAUGUUAUGAGAAACUCAAUCAACUAGUGGAAGCCAAAAAGUGUUAUUGGAGAGCUUACGCCGUGGGAGAUGUGGAGAAAAUGGCUCUGGUGAAACUGGCAAAGCUUCAUGAACAGUUGACUGAGUCAGAACAAGCUGCCCAGUGUUACAUCAAAUAUAUCCAAGAUAUCUAUUCCUGUGGGGAGAUAGUGGAGCACCUGGAGGAGAGCACUGCUUUCCGCUAUUUGGCCCAGUACUAUUUUAAGUGCAAGCUGUGGGAUGAAGCUUCAACUUGUGCCCAGAAAUGUUGUGCAUUCAAUGACACCCGGGAAGAAGGGAAGGCCUUGCUCCGGCAAAUCCUACAACUUCGGAACCAAGGCGAGACUCCGUCUACUGAGAUGCCUGCUCCCUUUUUCCUCCCUGCUUCCUUAUCUGCUAACAAUACUCCCACACGCAGAGUUUCUCCACUCAACCUAUCUUCAGUCACACCAUAGUUGGCUACUUUCAAGCCAGCACAUUACUAGACCCCAUGUUAAGCCUUACCUCCAUGUAAGGAAUGGCCACAUCUGCUCUUCCAAGGACCUUGGUUUUUUGUUUGUACAGAUGCAUACAGCUCCUUGGGGACAGUUUAUAGAAUCACCUUUGGUGUAGACUGAUGGGAGAAUCCUGGCAGCAACAGACAUUGUCUUUUGCCAGUUAGAAGCACUUCUGUUUCUCUUCUGUUCAGAGCCUGGCUACGGAUCUUGGCCUUCUUCCCAGACCUUUUUCCCCCUCUAAAAGACAUCCCUUUAACAGCACUUUAGCACAGGCAAGGCUUACAAAGUUUUAAUGCUGCUGGGAGUGAGAGAUUUCUUUAGAUAGGCAUGGAAGGGAGAAAAGUGUGCCAUUCUACCCUGCAGGCAGUAGAGGCACUGGAUACCCCAGGAAGGUCAGGGCACUGGAUAGAUAUGACCUCAUCAUUUUUGGACUUACUGAACUUGACUAUGCUAGAAGAGGCAAGAUUUGAACAGAAUGAAGUUGUAAUUCGUUCUUGCUCUGUGGGGACGUUCUUCCAAAACAUUUUAAGGACUCUUCCUAGAAAUUUUUGAUAGGAAGGAACUUACUAGUUGAAUGAAAGAGACAAAAAGGAUCUUACUUUGUGUGGAACCCCAUUGAUGGCAAAAAAGCCUAUAGCGUUAGCUUUUUUUUUUUUUCCUAAAGCAAAGUAAGGAGGCAGGAUUAACAGAUAAUUUCAUGAACAUUCAGGCGUGUUAUGUUUUGUGACUAUAUAGACAAGAAUAAACUCCCUUCAAGCUAGUCUGUUGUAAUAAGUAUUUUUGAUGUAGUUAUUUUUCUCCUCCCUGUUUAUCUUCAACAAAAUGGUUCUUUUCAGCCUUCAGCUAUUUAGACAAGGUAAAGGGAAUCAUUCUUGCUGUGUUCUUGGAAGGUUUCAGGCCUGGGUAUGUGUAUUCAGUAGGAGCUAAUAUGCUAUGACUAUGAUGUCCACUGUACUAAAUUUGAACUGUAGAUGCCAUGGAUUAUUCUGAGCUCAGGGCCUAGCCUUCCUUUAUCGUUUCCAGAACAAAUUUGUUACCCUCUCACCUCCUAAGGCAUGACGCUUUAUUUUAUAUUAAGGAAGUUUUUUUUUAUAUAUAUUAAGGAAGUCUUACAGAAUCUAAUGUCCCUUGAAUUCAUUUCUUACAAAGCUUUUCUUAGCUUAGCUGUACACUAGUUACACAGCUCCACUGCCAUUCCUGUGCAAGGUUCCAAGGGGCCUGAAUGAUGUUUAAUUUUCAGUUGUUUUUCCUAUUUUGUAAGUUCUGUCUUAAUGAAUUUGUUAAAUUUGGAAUUCAAACAAAAAAUGUGAAAACACAAAAAAUGUGAAUAAAAU